AUGCUGGAGAGCCAAAACCAGCUUUUGCUCAGCAUUCCGCUGAGCGAAAAACGGGCACAUAUGUACAACAGUCAAUUUCAACAGAAACAGAUACUGGAGUACGUCAAAAUCGACUUGGCGAUGAGUGUCAGCGAUAACUUGGAGGCGUUAGCGCAUGCCGCACUUCUAAGCAAACUUCCUUUGGCGUACACGUUUAUUUACAGACCGAUAUUGUUAGACCUGGUUGCCAGAUGGGCAAACAUGAGUGGUCAGGAUCAGCUAAGUCUGAUCGCAGAUCGGCUAGCACAGGCAGUCGCGAUUUACCCCGAGACUGCUACUUUUUGUGAUCAAUAUUUUCAAGCACAGCACCAACAUCUCAACUUGAUGUUAGAUACGUGCGAGUCGGAGCCCGAGACAGUGCUGCACGAAAUUCUGCUCGCGUACUACAGGCUAUUGCAUUUUGAUCGGGAGCGGUUCUCACGUUUCAUCACCCCUGUUCCGUUAUACAAAUUGCUGCAAGCUCAAUUUUCCAAUCAAGCCAUCAAGUUUCUAACGGUAAAGGUUCUUUCCAUGUAUUUGAAUAUGGCCGAGCAGGCUACGAUUGAUCUUACAGAGAAGCAUGCUCCUUCGGACUCUGUAGCUAUUCUAGCGCCGUACGAUUCUGACAAUGAUGUCGAUUACCGCUUUUUGGAGGUCAACGAAGCCCAGAAAAUGUCCCAAUACCACACAUUACUGGGCAACUACAACGACAAACAGGUACCUGUCCACAAGAAUAAUACUCACGACUGUUUGGUGAUAGAGCCAUGCCAUUUGAGUGAACAUGUCAUGGCAAUUUUUGGAGUGCUAGUUCCCAGGGUCAAAACCAGCGCUAAGCGCUAUGAGGUUAGCUCCGAGCACGACUUUGUCCCAACCGUGAAGGCGGUUUCCUCCAUACGGGAACUCAGUAGAUGCGUUCAGCAUUCACAACCGGUCAUGCUUGUGGGUAAGGCUGGUUCCGGUAAGACUUUCCUCGUAAACCAGCUCAGUAAGUACACAGGCGCAUAUGAAAAGAUGGUCAAAAUCCACCUUGGAGAACAAACCGAUGCGAAACUCCUGCUGGGAACUUACACCUCAGGUGAAAAGCCAGGCACUUUCGAGUGGAGAGCAGGCGUUUUGACUACAGCUGUGAGAGAAGGUCGCUGGGUUUUGAUUGAGGACAUAGAUAAGGCACCAACGGAAGUGCUCUCUGUUCUUCUUACUUUAUUGGAACAGCGUCAACUAAGCAUACCUUCAAGAGGGGAAACAAUAAAGGCUGCUAAUGGCUUCCAGCUUAUUUCCACUAUCAGGAUAACCGAAAAUGAUCAUAAGGACGAGAAGAGUUUCAGACCUGAUUUGAUUGGGAUUCGUUUAUGGCAAGUAGUUAACCUUACGGAACCAGACGAGAAGGAGCUCCAGGAAAUUUUAACUCACAAAUUUCCAGCGUUGUCGCAACUGAUCGGAAGGUUCAUAACCAGCUAUCAUUUGGUUCAAAACUUUUAUUCCAACCCCCAGUUCAUUUCCAUGAACAGAGGUGUUCAUCCCCGAGCCGUCACGGUACGUGACUUGGUCAAAUUCUGCAGCAGGGUGGAGGAAAUUUUUAAAGCUAAUAGCAUCCAGCGUUCACAGGAGUUGAUACCAUCUCAUGUUUAUGAUAGCAUUUUUUUCGAAGCUGCCGACUGUUUUGCCUGCGCAAUUGGUGAGUUGAGAGCUUUGAAGCCCAUAAUUGAAACCAUAGGUGUUGCACUUGAAGUACCAAGUUCAAGAAUAAAUCUUUAUCUCUCUAAGCACGUUCCGGUGUUUGAAGAGUCCAAGAGUUUUAUCACAAUUGGCAGAACAGUUUUAGCUAAGAACCGCGCCAGGCUAGUGAAAAAGUCAAUGAAUGACACUUCCUUUGCUCGCACAAACCACUCUCUUAGACUGAUGGAACAGGUAGGAACAGCAAUCAAAAUGUGCGAGCCUGUUUUACUUGUAGGUGAAACUGGUACUGGUAAGACGACUGUGGUGCAGGAAAUGGCAAAACUGCUAAGCCAAAAGCUUACGGUUAUUAAUGUGUCACAACAGACUGAGAGUGGGGAUUUACUAGGUGGAUUCAAACCCGUGAAUACAAAGACCAUUGCCAUUCCAUUACUAGAAGACUUCGAAAGUAUUUUCCCUGCUACUUUCUCAAUGAAGAAAAACGAGCGUUUUUACACUAUGGUUCACAAGUGUUUCAACAAGGGCCAGUGGAAAAAUGUCAUAAAGCUCUUGAAUGAAGCCUUUAAGCUGGCAGGAAACAUUCUUCGCCAAGACGAGGUUGAUUCUGCCUCUGAUAACCAGAAAAAGAAAAGAAAGCUGAAUUCACAUGAAAAUAAGAUGCUACUGGACAGAUGGUCUGAAUUUAAUCAAAACGUCUUGAAAUUUGAAGCCCAAUAUUCUUCCAUAGAGAAUUCCUUUGUAUUCAAUUUUGUGGAAGGUUCAUUGGUAAAGGCCGUACGCAAUGGAGAAUGGCUUCUUUUGGACGAGCUGAACUUAGCGUCGCCAGAUACUCUCGAAAGUAUUUCAGAUCUUUUAUCUGAGCCAACUUCUCGUAGCGUGCUGCUGUCGGAAAAGGGCCAAGCCGAACCAGUCAAGGCUCACCCGAACUUUAGGAUCUUCGCUUGUAUGAAUCCUGCUACCGAUGUUGGAAAACGAGACCUACCACUCGGUGUUCGUUCUCGGUUCACUGAAAUAUACGUGCACUCUCCCGAUCGCGAUAUCACGGAUCUAUUAGCGAUCAUCGACAAAUACAUCGGCGUGUACAGUGUUAGCGACGAAUGGGUUGGAAAUGAUGUUACCGAGCUUUACUUGUCUGCUAAGAAACUCGCGGAAGCGAAUAAACUUGUCGAUGGAUCCAAUCAGAAACCUCAUUUCAGUAUCCGUACCCUGACUCGGACUCUAAUAUAUGUCAGAGAUAUUGUUAAAGUCUAUGGCUUGCGCAGGUCAUUGUACGAAGGGUUUUGUAUGUCCUUCCUCACUCUAUUGAACGAGAAUUCUGAAGCCCUUUUAAGACCGCUAAUCGAAAAGUUCACAUUAGGAAGGUUGAAAAACCCCAAAUCGGUCAUUUCACAAUCACCACCUUGUCCUGGUAUGGAUUAUGUCCAGUUCAAACACUAUUGGAUGAAAAAGGGACCUCAUGAGCUUCAAGAGCAACCGCAGUACAUCAUAACUCCAUUUGUUGAGAAAAAUAUGCUCAACCUAGUGAGGGCAACAUCAGGACGCAGGUUUCCUGUACUUAUACAAGGUCCAACAUCUGCUGGUAAGACUAGUAUGAUCAAAUACCUCGCCGACAUAACCGGCCAUGAAUUUGUUCGUAUCAACAAUCAUGAACACACAGAUCUCCAGGAGUACCUCGGCACAUACAUGGCCGACGAGACUGGCAAGCUUUCGUUUCGGGAAGGUGUUCUAGUUGAUGCACUACGAAAAGGUCACUGGAUUGUUCUGGAUGAGCUCAACCUGGCUCCCACUGACGUACUGGAAGCCUUGAAUAGAUUGCUUGAUGAUAACCGUGAGCUUUUUAUUCCAGAGACCCAAGAGGUGAUUCAUCCUCAUCCUGAUUUUAUGCUUUUCGCUACUCAAAAUCCGCCAGGUAUUUAUGGUGGGCGUAAAGUCCUCUCUAGAGCUUUCCGAAACCGUUUCCUCGAAUUGCACUUCGAUGAUAUUCCUCAAGACGAGCUGGAGAUCAUUCUGAGAGAAAGGUGCAAGAUUGCGCCAUCAUAUGCCCAAAAAAUUGUAGAAGCUUACCGGCAACUGUCCGUUCAGCGUUCUGCUUCGCGUCUCUUCGAGCAGAAGAAUAGUUUUGCCACGCUACGUGAUCUUUUCCGGUGGGCCCUGAGAGGCGCUGUAGGAUACGAAAAUCUAGCAGCCGAUGGCUACAUGCUGCUCGCAGAGAGGUGCAGGUCCAAAGAAGAGAGAAUGGUUGUCAAGCAAGUUCUUGAAAAAGUCAUGCGAGUCAAGCUAGAUAUGGACAGUUAUUACGAAACGCUGGAACUUGAAGAACUGCAGUCAAUGCAAAGCUCCGUCAUUUGGACAAGGGCUAUGCGCAAACUUGCUGUUUUGGUGACUACAUGCCUGAAAAAUAAUGAACCUGUUCUUUUAGUUGGAGAAACAGGUUGCGGUAAGACAACGAUCUGUCAACUCAUAGCGCGCUUCACUGGUCACCAGUUAGUCACUCUAAAUGCUCAUCAAAACACGGAAACUGGCGAUAUUCUGGGCGCGCAACGUCCAAACAGACAUCGUUCUGAACUUCAGGGUGAAUUGUCCAGACUGCUAACGAAAGUGCUUCACUUCGAAGGUGAUGAAAUGGUUACUCUUGAUGAACUGACAAACAUCUACGAGCGAGCGGACAAAGCUUCCUUAGAUCCUGUCGAAGUAAAGGCAAUCGCAGACCUACAGGAUAAGCUCAAUGUACUCUUUGAGUGGUGCGAUGGUCCUUUGGUUCAAGCCCUGAAUGGAGGAAAUUUCUUCUUGUUGGAUGAAAUAUCAUUGGCUGACGAUUCAGUCUUGGAAAGGCUAAACAGUGUUUUGGAGCCCGAGAGAAAUCUCCUACUUGCAGAGAAGGGUGGCUCGGAUUGUUUGGUCCAGGCUGCGGAUGGAUUUCAAUUUUUCGCCACAAUGAAUCCAGGCGGUGACUAUGGGAAAAAAGAAUUGUCCCCGGCUCUGAGAAAUCGUUUCACCGAAAUCUGGGUUCCAUCUAUGGAAGAUUUUGAUGACGUACGCUUGAUUGUCUCUUCGAAACUCACAACGGAACUUUCCUCGCUCGUUGAGCCCAUCGUCCAAUUUUCGAAAUGGUUCGGUGAAAGGUUUGGAGGUGGUUCUACCAGCAAUGGUAUCAUUUCUUUGCGUGACAUUUUGUCAUGGGUCGAGUUCGCGAAUGUUUCGAUCAAAAGAUUAGGAAACGAAGCUGCUGCCCUAGUGCAAGGUGCUGCAAUGGUCUUCAUCGAUACUCUCGGUACGAACAACACAGCAUAUCUCUCGGAUAAUGCAGAAACACUCAAAGGACAGAGGAUGGAGUGUCUCACUGUGUUGGGACGCUUAUAUGGCCAAGAUGUGCUCCAGCAUUAUUCGCAGCAACCUGCCUUAGUGAUCGAUGACCAGAGCGUUCAAGUGGGGAUGUUCGCACUUGAUAGAGAACAUUCUGCCACAACUCCGCAGUUUAAUCUUAAUGCCCCCACAACCUUGAACAAUCUCAUGCGGGUUGUAAGAGCUAUGCAGCUCCAGAAACCAAUUCUUUUGGAGGGUAGUCCAGGUGUCGGUAAAACGAGCUUGGUCUCAGCUCUGGCAGCGUGCACCGGAAAUAAACUGACGCGUAUCAAUCUAUCAGAACAGACAGAUUUGGUGGACCUCUUUGGAUCAGAUGCUCCAGGGGAGAAGACCGGAGAGUUUGUUUGGCGUGAUGCGCCAUUUUUGAGGGCAAUGCAAUUAGGUGAAUGGGUUUUAUUGGACGAAAUGAACCUUGCGUCCCAGUCUGUUCUGGAAGGCCUGAACGCCUGUCUGGAUCACAGAGGAGAGGCAUACGUUCCUGAACUAGACAAAUCAUUCACGAAGCACCCAGGAUUUACAGUUUUUGCUGCUCAAAACCCUCAAAACCAGGGUGGCGGCAGAAAGGGUCUCCCCAAAUCAUUCGUCAAUCGAUUCAGCGUCGUGUUCGUUGAUGUCUUGUCAUCUCAAGAUCUUUUCCUGAUUGCAUCUCAUCUCUACCCCGAUGUAGACCCCAAUUGGUGUGCCCAAUUGAUCGAGAUUAUAUCUUCCAUGGAAGAUGAGGUGUCUAACCGGAGGUUAUGGGGUAACGCAGGAUCUCCUUGGGAAUUCAACCUGAGAGACACUUUGAGAUGGUUGAAACUUCUCACAUCGCCAAGUUUGACCACCGGUGCCGGGCCUGUAGAAUACUUGGACAUGAUCUUAACGCAAAGAUUUAGGACAAAUGAAGACCGUACCAAGGUCGCCAACAUGUUCGAACGUUUCUUUGGGGAAAGGGAAGAACGUCCUUAUUACCUACAGAUAACACCCGAGUAUUUGCAGGUGAACAGCGAAGUCAUGCCAAGAGCAGCUUUUGUAAAGCAUCAUUCGCUUCGUGGGGUAAAGCCACUGCAGUGUAACUUCCAGGUCUAUGAAUCCGUCAUGAGGUGCGUUAAAUUGAACUGGCCGCUAGUUCUCUGUGGUCCAACAAAUUCAGGGAAGUCUGAAAUUAUAACGUAUAUUUCUGGAAUUUUGGGCGCUAAGGUCAUAAGCUUUCCAAUGAACUCAGACACUGACAGCAUGGACAUUUUGGGUGGUUAUGAGCAGGUCGAUCUAAAUAGGAAGAUUGGCCAGAGAGUAGACAGCAUGGUUUCGACCUUGAGAGAGUUGCUUGCGAUAAAUCUAGGGUCGAGACUGUGCGGUGAUGAUGCAAAAGUGGCAGCACUCAAUCUCUUCCAAUUUAUAUCGACACGCUCCAUGGAUACUUCGAAUUUGCCAUCUUUGUUACAGCUGAUUGAAACGGUCGAACAAUAUAUCAACAAUGACACGGUUUCGGGGGCACUCGCUGAACUUCGGGUCAUACAGAAGAAAUUAGAUCAACCAUCCUCAGUCACAUUUGAGUGGUUUGACGGCUUACUACUCAAGGCAAUGGAAGAAGGUUCUUGGCUUGUUCUCGAAAAUGCGAAUUUAUGCUCUCCAUCUGUUUUGGACAGAUUGAACUCUCUUCUGGAAACGGACGGAUCUCUUAUCAUCAACGAAUGCAGUCAUGAAGAUGGACGGCCCAAGAUUGUCGACCCACACCCAGGUUUCAGGCUCUUUUUGACUGUGGAUCCAAAGUUUGGUGAACUGUCCAGAGCAAUGAGAAACAGAAGCAUUGAAAUAUAUGUCGAUGAAUUAUCAAGUAGGUCGUCUUCUUUCGAUAUCAUGAACAUGGAUAGUCAACAUCAACAAACGACCUUUGCUUCCACUCCAGCUGCUGAUGGAAACGAACACCCCAUCAAAUCCGAAAUAAUACCACUGUCGCGUUACAUUAGGUCAGACAACUCGUUUGCGUCUCAGUUUGGCCACCUACACGAUAUAUCUGCAAUCUCAAGCUCAAAGAUUUUGGAUUCGAUUGUGUCUAUCGCGCCUCUUUCGAUUUUUCCAACUUUGACUGCCUGGGAGAAAAAUGUCCACAACUCAAAAUAUUACCUCAAGGAUCAGUCAGUUUCAAGACUGGCUAUGCAGGCUCAAAGUCUCCAGGAGCAUGGGAUCUUGCAAUCGUUCGCUAAAGUUUAUGACGAAUACGAACAGCUUGCCACAGGAAUAUUGAACAACCCAGAGUGUUUUGCCAUAAGCCAGCCCUUGAUACCUUCAAUGAAUCCAUAUGUCUUGAAAACUCUGGCACCUAGCUAUCCUACGGCCGCGACUGCAGAACCGGCCUUCCUUUUUGACGCUUUAAGGCUGCUCAAAAGCUUUACAGAUGCGCUUGACCAUACUACAAGAAGGGCGCAUCAUGCGAAAUUGAGUGACCUUACAUACGUGGAGCUAAGCGCCGCAAACGACCAGGGUCGCGCAAUAAAAAAGCCUCCUCAAAUUCCAAUAUUCGAGGUACUUUCUCUCCUGAAAAGUCAUAUCUCAGAGACGCUGGAGUCAACGGCUCUUUUCACCAUUCCACAUGUUUACAAGAGUUACUUCGAUCUCUGCUCUAUCUGGAUUGGCGCUUUCGAGACAUCUAAAGUUCAUGAUAACGCUAAGUUAAGGGCAUACCAAGAUUUGUUGGAAUCGUGGCAGCAAGAAACUGGCUUGGAUAACCGCAUAACGCAAGAAGUACUAGAAAUUGCCAAAACCUUAGGUGGAUCCUUACUCAUGGAGACUGGCCGCUCAAUGACGUCAAUUUGGAAUGCUUUCAGACAAGCACAGCCAAGCUCUAAGUGCGACUGGGAAAGACUCGAACAGCUUCUUUCUCUCUCCAGUAAGUUUGAUGAUGUUGCUGACGGACAAUUCUCUGAUUCGUAUGCUCUCAUUGCCCAACUAAGAGAUAUAAUUUUGGAUCUCAGAGUCAGCAUCUUGUCUGGCGAGACAUCUGAGUUUGAUGAAGUUUUGAGUACUCUGCAGAAGGGUGUGCAUCAAUUGGACACAAUUUCGAAGCGGUUCUUGAAUCCAAGAAAGCAUUAUUUCAGGUCUGAAUUUGAUGCACUGCUACGUUUGGUCUGCCAAGAAGGGUCGAAAUCGGAUCACGUCUUGACUAAGAUCGCUUCAUACACUUCCAUUUCAACAGAAACUCUUCUGAGCUUGAAACAGACCUCACAUAGCCACCCGGCAGUUUUUGAUCUAUUGUGGAAAAAGGAUCAAGGGCAAUUCGAGUCGUCUACCAUUUCCGUAUUUGAUAGCUCAAUCCUGGAAAAUCUUUUGAACAAAGUAAUUUCUUUCAGCAGCAUCAGUGGCAGUCAAAUGUCCCAAGCAUUAGAGGAUGCCGCGGUGUUACGGGACCAGCUCGUCGAGUCAUCGCAUUCUGUUACCGCCGAUCAACUCACUUUACACAGAAAUUCUCUCCUCGAGUGGUACAGGAAAAUCGUCUCUCUACAUGUUGAGAUAAAAUCUUCGGCGACGCUAGGCGAGAUCCAGGAGGCGCUAUCCGAUUACGACAACAUAUGGUUUAAGAAUAUCCACGAGCAAUUUUUACUUGCGGGAGUAGCUUCUGCCCUGGAAUCAGACACUCUAUCCUCGCUAGGUAAAGCAUGGGUUUUGUUCUCUGCUGGUGCUUUGCAGUUGUUCGUUCCUAGCACAUCUUUCGAUCCAGCCAUUAACGAUUAUGUUCUUUAUGACAAUUACAUGGUAAAGCAGUCACUAUCGAAAGAGCUUUUGCAUAGUUGGGAAUGCUGUCGAGUAAUUCAAAGCGGAGACGUGCCCACAGCUUUCGAGACACUUAUUAGCGAAGCAUCUCAAGAUUGUCCCCCUGCCAAACCUAGGGUUUACAGACCACAACAGGCUAUAGACCCACUGUUCGAAGAAUGGGGUGCAUUCAUGAAGUCUACUGUUGGAGCAGAACCUGUCGAGAGACUACUUACGUCCUUAGAGGGAUUUGCCUCCCUUUCAGAAGGUGAACUUAACCUAUUCCAGCAGAACUCAUCGCAAUUUCUCGAGCGUCUAGUCUCAAACUAUGGAGUGUACUCCGACUUGAACGAUAUUUUCCGUGGGUAUGUGCUAGGUCUAAAGUUCGGUUUUGACCUUCUCAAACAAGGAAGGAUCGAAUCGCAGAAGAAGGUAAUCUUGGAGCCUCUCUGGACUCUCAAUCUACAUGUGUUGAGUAGUCCUGAGCGUAUAACCGACUCCUAUACCCAGUUGCAACCUCUUUUCAAGAGCUGUACGGUGGAGUCGUUGUGUGUCGAACGCAUAACAAACUUUUACCUCAAGCUAUUCAGUUUCCACGGUAAAGACUCUAGGCUCGUAGGGAGCUUCGAAAAUGCCCUACAAACAUUAUACUACAGGUGGUCUUUGCGCCGCUUGAAAGAUGAGAAAGAGGCUCAGGCAAAGGUUGGCGUGUACAAAUUUGAGGACGUUGAGGCGGAUAUCGAAUCGGAUUUCAAACGACUAUUCCCAGAUUAUGGACAAGUUUUGUCGGUAGGAGAGGAGCCUUCAUCAAAAAACAUGGAUCAAGGAGGUCUUGAAGAUCUUUAUUACGAUGUUGCUCAAACUUACUUGAGAACGUUUGGUGGUGAAACUCCAGCUGAGCUAUCAGAAUUGAUGACUGAUGGCUCUCGGAUUAGUGAUGCAUUGAAAGAACUUGGCGCAGAAAAUAAAACUUGCACCCCCGGUCCAAACAAUUUAUUGCCAGUACUGAACCAACUUGCGCAAGAAUUAAGAAGCUUCGAGAGUCCGAAGCAGGCGAUUGACUUGGACUUUUAUCGCGGGUCUUCGCUUUACGAAACGAAAAGAGCUGGAGCUGUGGUUGAAAAGCUAUUAAUUUCAACGCAUAAACUACUGAACCAAUGGCCUGAACACUCAACGCUCAAUGACCUAUUCAGGGUAUGUCAAGAAUUCAUGAGCUACUCCGGAAACACUCCGAUUGCACGUCUACUCCAGAAGAUCGAGCAAAUAUUCACAAUUGUUACGGAAUGGGAAAAAUAUGCUUCUGUCUCGGUUUCGUUGCAGGAUUCAGUGCGUGAGCUCACCGAUCUUGUUGUGACGUGGAGAAGGUUGGAACUGCGUACUUGGAAUAGCUUGUUCGAUCACGAGCAUCUGGCGCUCAAUAAAACCAUGGGUAAGUGGUGGUUCUAUCUUUAUGAGACAAUCACUCUCACGGUUUCUGAAGAGCAAUCUGCUGGCGAGAGUAGCCCCGAGAAAAUUGCUAAGCUACUUGGAUCCCUCAAUGUGUUUUUAAGCAAAUGCAGCUACGGAGAAUUCAGUGGUCGUUUGGCUCUACUAAAUGCCUUUGCGAACCACGCUAAGUUUUUGAUGGGGCGAGAGUCGAAUCUCACACAGGCCUUAUUCAACAUCCUGUCAUUUUACGGCCAGUUCUCUGCUACGAUCGCUGAAGCCAUAAAGGAUGGUAGAAAGAAACUCGAAAAAGAUGUUUCAGACGUGAUUCUACUUGCAAGCUGGAAGGAUGUCAACAUCGAUGCACUCAAACAAAGUUCGCAUCGUUCUCAUAACAACCUUUACAAACUUGUGAGAAAAUAUCGCACUUUGCUCUCUCAAGAUGUCUUCCCACUAAUUGAAAAGGGCCUCGAAGGUCACACACAUGAGAGCUUUCAGCUCGAAAACUUUGUCGCUGACAAAGGCAGUAAUACCAUUUCUUCGGAUGUCAACGUCUUAGUGAAUAAGAUUUCCAGCUGGGAUGACAGGCCUGCCUUUUUGAAAAAUUCGGAAUUGAGCUCGAGAAAAAUGGCAAAUCACUGUCUCUCAGUAGAAUCUGAAGAGUAUCCUCAAUUGACAAUGUUCGCAAGCGAUGUGAACGCAGAGGUACGCCGCUUGCGCGAUGAGACACCAAAGGUCUACAACAAGAAGGACAAGAAGCUAUUGGCCGCUCUGAAAAUUCAAAAAUCAAAAUUGCUCAAUGAUUCUUUGAAAGAGCUGAGAAGAAUGGGCCUCAAAACUGCCUUUAGACAAGAUAUUCGGAAAGUUCAAGAAUCAGUAACGUACGUGUUAAGCUGCGUACAAAACUUCGAAGAUUCUCCACUCGAAAAAUGCGAUUCUUACUUUUACAGGAUCCUUGAUUUGAUGCCGCGCCUACGCUUCGUCAUUUCGAGCCCGGCAGCUGACGCACCUCUUGUGGCUAUCGAAAAAGGCUUAGCAGUGGUUGAAAACUUACUCUACAUGUUGAUCACAAGCCGUAAAACCUUCUUUGACUUCUCAAAUAACUAUUUGCGACUAAAGGGCCUUUACGAAACACUAGAGAAAACUUCCCACUCAACUAAAACUUUGAUGCACGGGUCGCUCGCAAUGUCCUUCGAAAAAUUCACCUAUAUGUGUACAUGGCUUCCCAAAAUUUUGCGCUAUGCCUUCGACACGCUCUCUAUGACAGUCUCAAAUAAGGAAGCUGAAUGGCUAGCUUCUCUUCUUUCAGAGGGUAUUGAGAGACUUUCACGAUACCAUGCGGCAAGCGAAAGUCCGGUUUUAGACAGUGAUGCCUCCACGCUUCUUGAGGACUUCAAUAAGUUCUGCGAGGACUUCGCCUGUAGGCUCUCUACAAACAGCUCCGCCAAAACCGCUUUCAUAUCUCAAGUGGUGAUUGAUUGGAUUACCGAACAUAGAAUAUCAUGCUGCCCUCCACAAUCAUCAACAACCGAUACAAGUCUGGAAAAAAUUGAAAGCGCUUUCCGCAAAGUGAGUACCUCAAUCAUGAUUACAAUUCAACAGCUUUUGGAAGACCAAACGGAGAAAAUCUUGAUGGAAGACGACAACUGGUUGCUCAGCUCUCAUAAGAGAAUCACUGGAUUGUCAAAAAGAGUUAGUUCCUCGAGAGUUUUUUCCAACAUGGAGGACGCUCUUGGGCUGAUACAAUCCCAGAACUUCUCAUUGGAGCAGUCUCAGAUCAUAAGAGCUGUUGUGAAGUUUACAAUGCCAAUGAUAUCGAGGUAUUUCCAGCUUUUGGUGUCGCUGAUGAACAAAAUAAAAUCCGAGUAUCAUACGCUAUCCCAUGGGACUUUCACAUUAGCAUCAAUUUUAUAUGGACUGGGCAAGAACGGUUUUUGCUCGCCCAGUCCUCCAGAUGAGGAAACUGAGGAUUCUAAUCUCCAAGAAGGUACUGGGCUCGGAGAUGGCGAAGGAGCUCAGAAUUCUAAAGAUGUCGAGGAAGAUGAGGAUCUCUUGGAAGAUGCGCAAAAGCCGAACGAAGAUCAACGCAAUGAUGAAGAUCAAGAAGAAAACGACGACAAUGCUGUUGAUAUGGAGGGAGACAUGGCCGGUGAUCUAGAAAAUGCAAGUGGUGGUGAUGAUAAUGAGGAAGAAGAUGAAAAUGAAGAGGAUGAAGACUUGGAUGAAGAAGUUGACAAUUUGGACGACGAUGACCCAAACGCUAUUGAUGAGAAAAUGUGGAACGAAGAAACUGAAGACUCUAGCAAAGAGAAGCAAGCAGACAGUGCCCCGCAAAAUUCUGCAGAUGAUGACGUCCAAGCUGCUGAGAAUGAGAAUGGCGAUAAAUCUUCAGAAGAUAAACAGCCUGAAGCUGACGAUGCUGCGGACGGUGAAGAGGAUAACAGCGAAAAGGAAGAAGAAAAAUCCGAUGCAGAAUCUGACGAGGACAAUGAUGCCGCUGGACAGGACGACGAGAUUAAAAACGAUGAAGACGGCGAGAUUGAUAGUGCGGUACCUGAAGUAGAAACAAUGGAUUUACCAGAGGACAUGAACUUAGACUCAGGAGACGAAGACUCAACCAACAAUGUAAGCGAAAGCGAAGAUGACGAAGGCUCCAACAGCGAAAAAGAGGACGACGGUUUCAACGAGGCAGGAAUCAAUGGCGAAGAGGAUGAAGAAGCUAAGGAAGAUGACGAACAAGAAGAUACCAACGCGGACGGAGAUGAUGUCAAUAUGGAUGAUGAUGAAGAUUUACCUAACCCCGAUGAAGAAACUGAGAACAGAGAUGAAAAUGCGCCAGAUGAUGAUAUGGGAGAUCAGAAUUCAGAAACCGAGUCCAAUUCUGCCGAGGAGGACUCAGCGGAGCUUCUCAAAAAUCAAGAUGAGGAGAUGGAGAACAAAGACCAGGGUGGAGAAGAGGGCACAGACGACAACUUGGAGGGUCUGGACGGUGCGGAUGACAUGAUGAACAUUGACAAUGAAGACUUUGACCCCAAUGUACAACAACAAAGUGGUGCUCAGGGUAAAGGUGCCGACGCUGUCAACUCUCAAGAGGACGAGAAUAUAGGAGACUCCGGCGACGCCCAACAAGAAAAGCAGGAAGAUGCAGGCGAUGCCAAUGAAGUGUCUAGGCAAGAAGCCAAAGAAAGCUUGAAGCAACUGGGUGAUAGUUUGAAGGAGUUUCACCGAAGACAUCAAGAGAUCAAAGAAGCGAGCAACAGUGAAGAGUUGAAAGAAGAAAAAGCCAGUGCGAACGAGCGCCCUGACGAUUUCGAACACUUAGACGGCGCUAAUACUGAUCAUGACACCCAAGCCUUAGGCUCUGCUAAUAAAGACCAGGCCACCACGAUUGACGAAGAAAUGGCGAUCGAUGAUGAAAUGGAGGAUCAGGAAGAAGAUAAUCAGAAAACCGAAGAGCCUCUUCCUGAAAACGAGACUCUUCCCGAAGAAGAUAAUGGAGAGCAAGUGCCUUCAGACCAGGUCCACGACCGGGACAGUCAGGGGAAGGCCAACGGCCUACCAUUAGAAGCUCAAGACGAGGAAAAUCAGCAUAAUGUUGUCACCAACCCGGAGCUAUUUGAAACUGAUAAAAAUGAGUUAGACGAAAUAAUCGAUGCAAUCGAUCAAAAGGUCGUUCUUGAGGAGGCCAACGCUGAACCACCGAGAAGUUUGGAUGAAGCUCGCAAGCUGUGGAGGAAGAGUGAAAUUGAAACCGCUGAUUUAGCUGCUGGUCUGAGUGAACAGCUACGUCUCAUUUUGGAGCCUACCUUGGCUACAAAACUCAAAGGCGAUUACAAAACCGGUAAAAGACUCAACAUGAAGCGUAUAAUACCUUACAUUGCGUCUCAAUUUCGGAAGGACAAGAUUUGGCUAAAACGAACCAAACCAAGCAAACGUCAAUAUCAGAUCAUGAUUGCCGUUGAUGAUUCCAAGUCCAUGAGUGAAUCCAAAUCUGUGGACCUAGCAUUUCAAAGCAUAUGCUUGGUGUCUAAAGCUUUAACGCAAUUAGAAUCUGGCGGGCUUUCAAUCGUCAAGUUUGGAGAUACCACACAAGAAGUUCACCAGUUUGAUAAGCCUUUUGGUAACGAUGCUGGUGCUAAAAUUUUCCAAUGGUUCGACUUCCAGGAUACUCGAACAGAUGUCAAGAAACUGGUAGCUGAGUCUAUUCGCAUUUUUGACCGUGGUCGGACCUUCAAUAACGCUGAUUUAUGGCAAUUGCAGAUCAUUAUCUCUGAUGGUGUUUGCGAAGACCACGAUGUUGUUCAAAGACUGGUACGUCGUGCGCGCGACAAUAAAAUCAUGCUUGUAUUCGUUAUCAUUGACGGCAUUAAUUCCUCAGAAUCGAUUAUGGACAUGAGCCAGGUCAAAUACGUUCCAGAUAGCUUUGGAAACCUACAAUUAAAGGUUGAAAAGUAUCUUGACACUUUCCCGUUCGAAUUCUAUGUGCUUGUUCGUGAUAUUUCGGAGCUGCCAGAAAUGCUGUCUGUGAUCUUACGCCAAUACUUUUCUGAGCUUGCAUCCAAUUGA